UUGAAAGGUGUUGCUUAUUCUAGUAGGCGUGGCUGGAUUGGAUGCAACUUGCAAAAUGUCGUCCAGUAGAUCUCUCUCUUCCUCUCGCUCCAAGAGCCACUUGAGCAAGUCCAGCAAGUUUGAGAGCACAGCAGAGCUGCCGAGUGAAGUGAUGGUGAAUACUCCAGAGCAGCUCUCGUGGCAGGUUCUCUCACAAACUCAAGUGGCCAGGUUUAAAGCACUCUCUCCUACAGAAUUAACAAAGGAGUUAUCUACAGUGCUCUCUCUUAGUAAACACGAAGAGGACCUGCAGCAAGCAGCCAUCUUGGAUUACUAUGUAUCUAGCUUUGUUUUUGCUCAAGAGAAGGACUUCACGGAUGAGCAGUUGUCAUCAUUCUUCACCAUCAUACACAAACUGCUGGCUAACAUUAGAGAGAAGCGCACCACAUUGCAGGACAACUUGAAUGAGCUUAAAUCCUAUUUCGCUGGAGUGGGCGUGUCUGAUCAAACCUGUUUGAAAUGUUUCACGCCUAAGGUUGCCAUGGCGACUAUCUCGUACAUUCAUACUAGUCUUGUCCAGCAUUAUACAUUGUUUGAGUAUAUCCUUCAAGAGAAACAAGAAGAUGAAUUUAUUCAAACGCAACUUUUGGUAUCACUUCCACCUGAUUCCUCUACUCUAUCGCCUCCUCCUCUUGAAGAAUCAGUUACUGAAGACUUUUAUAACAGACUAGUAUCAACUGCCCCUGCUGGCUCUCCCUCUCAAACUCAGUUGGGCUCACCCACAACCCACUCUCCUCCUCACUCAAUACAAGGUACAGAUAUGUCCUCUCCUACAGGAGCAAUACCACCAACUCUGCUCCUUAACUUGAGGCCAGAAGAUGUUAAAAUGAUGACAGAGAAGCUACUGGAGGAGACAGUAACACCAUACCAGGAUGAAAUGCUUCGUAAGUUAGUGGACAGAGAAACAAGCUAUAAGUCAAAGCUGGACAAGCUAGAGAAGUCUUUAACUUAGCAAUUGGAUUUGGUACAUGUAUAUACUUUUGAAGAAGAAACAACCGCCCUCACUUUUCCAAGAUACACAUACAUGUACAUGACUGAAAUCAAUUUCAUUUUAAGAGAGAUUUAGAAUAACUAUAA